GUUUUUAGGUCUCCAGUGUUAAAAAAUAGCUCUCUGGAAGGUCAGGGCUACAGGGGGAAUGUUCCAAGAUAGUCAGAAAAAAGUCCGGGGACGAUCUCCUGACCACUCAGGAGUUUUUGAGAGCAUCUGUUCCUCAUUAUUUAUCUUUCGCCCCAGCUCCGCCUGUAGGAUGGCAUGCCCGACCUAACGCCAGGCUUUAACUGCAUCCUCUCGCCGGAGCCGGAGAGCUGGGUGCCCGCGCGCGCCCGGCGCCCCAUGGACGGCUCGCGCGGGCCCGUCGCAGAGGCCGCCGGCGCGGGCGGCGCCGUGGCGGCCACCGCGGCCGGCCUGCUGCUGGCUGGCAGCCAGCUGGCGGCUUCUCUGGCCGGGGUCAAGGCGGGUGCCGCGAGCCCCCUGGGGUUCAACCUUGCCGCGGCGCUGGGCGUAUGCGCCAUUGCGGCGGUGGUCGCGCUCAGGUUCGCCCGGAAGAGGCUCCGCGCGAGCGGGCUGAGCGGGGCGGCGGCGUGGCACGCGGCCAGGGUGCUGUCGACGGUUGCCCUCUUCAUGAUGGUCGGGCCGGCGCUGAUCACCCUCAACAAGCACAUCAUGCAGGAGCUGCACUUCCCCUACCCGCUCACUCUCAGCGGGCUCGGCGUGCUGACGUCCGCGGUCGUGAGCCGCGUGUGCGUGGCGCUCGGGCUCGCCACCGCGAGACCUGAGUCUCUUGCAGUCGUGUCCGGCGACAAGUGGCUCCGCACCGCGAUGCCCAUCGGAGCCUCCAAGGCCUGCACGCUGGCCUCGGGCAACGCGGCCUACCUCUACCUCGGCUUGGGGUUCAUCCAGAUGCUGAAGGCAUUUACACCUGCGGUGGUG